GAACACAACUAAGUUGGGUUUAAAUUUAAAAGGUGACCUGUAGGAAAAAAAAUAUAUUCAUCGAUCUCUUCGUUUGAUAGGAUGUUUUAGAGUACCAUUGUCAUUUCAACCAACCACAAUUAGAUCCUAAUCACAUGGCUCUAACGGCCGAUGUCAGAAUGAAACACAUUUGUACUUGUUGCUUCUUCUUUUACGUGUUGUUGACGGUUGAUUUUUUCGUUGGCGUGUCGCUGGUGUUGUGUCACAGAGAUGGGAGGAUAUCGAAUAGGAGAGAAAAAUCGUGCAGAAAUAGAAAGGGAUCCUCAACUUCGCUGUCUUAUCUGCCUUCAUUGUGGGUAUUUGUCGAAAGAUCCGACGGUUUUGACGUGUGGACAUCGUUUAUGUCAAACAUGCGUCGAAAUAAGUUGUGUCUCGGGUUCUUCAGUGUGCCCCAUUGAUGGCCAUGAUGUAAAUUUGGACGAGUGCCACCAAGAUAAGCAUGCAACAGUGCAAAUAAAUGCUCUUGAUAUGUCCUGUGAGGUAGAAAUUUGCCAUUGGCAUGGCAGGGUAUGGCAGUUGGAGGAUCAUAUGAAAGAAUUUCACAAUGGUCACAAAGAGGAAGGUGCAAAGACUAUGCACCAGGAUGGGGAACUUGAAAGGUUAAGGCAGGAGCAACAGGCUGUAGCAAGGAAGAUCAUGGGCUUUGAAGAAACGCUGGGAAAGCAAGGUUUGACAAUCAAUAACUUACAACAACAACUUUCAGCUUUUUGUGAUGCUUUUGUGAAAACCCAGGGCCAUGGUCAGUUAGACAAAGAAGAAAUUGUGACAAGAAGUAAUGAAAUGAGGCAAGAACUGGUCACUUUGAGGAAUGAAGUUCAGACUUUAAAAAAUCAGUUUGAGGUUCAAAAGGAUCAAUGUGGUAAAUACCAUGAUGAGUGUUGGGCUGAAAGUGGUCGUGCCAUUGAGGAGCGCAACAUUGAGGUGGAAAUUCUUAAAGGUUCCAUCACUUGUUUGGAGAAAGGGCUUGUUGAUUUAAGAAAUCGCCAUGCUGAUUUGCAAAAUAGCUAUGCUGCUUUGCAAACAAGGCAUGCUGAUUUAGAAAAUAGGCAUGAUACCUUGCGUGCUCAAGUGCGUCAUUCUGAAGGUUCAUCAUGAGGCAUCAAAUGGUAAUUUACAGUUUGUUUGUUCCUCAUUAUCAAGUUCUUCAGCUGAAGGAUGUAAUUUAGGUGUCACAAAGUCUCCUAAUAUGCCUUUUGUGGAGAAAGCAUUAGUGAGAGAUUACUUAAUUUACUGCAAAGCUGGUGAGGAUUUCAUUAUCUAUACCUGUCAAAGGUAAAUUCUGCUUGUGUUUUCACAGUAAUGUAUGGUGCUUGUGGUAACCCCAAGUCUUCGAAGUAGGUCCUUUUAUAACCUCUUUACUGUUGACACUUUAGAGGGAUAUAGUCGAAGUUUGUUUUAAAUGAAAGUGAAUGUUUUAUUUCUCUUUUUUGAAUGAAAUAGUGCUUUUUUUAGUUGGCAGAAGGCAAUCCCUUUUAUUGUUAUCCAUUCUCUGCAUUACUGUGUAUCAAACACAGCUUUUAACACUCUGAAAUUUGCGGUUUUGCCUGUGACUGGCAUUUCUUAUGCAUUUGACUUUAUUUUCCAUGUUCCUGAUGUGGAAUAAUUUUUGUUAGUAGGGCCAGUUUACAAAUUUUGUGAUCUUUUCUUUUUAACUACUACCUGACCAGUAAGUUUGAAUGGACAGUGUUACUGUAGGAGGAAGUUUAUUGUUGGUAAUUCUAAAGGGUUAAGAGAGUCAAUGUGUUGCCAUACAUAGCUACUACAACUUCUCUUUCCUGCUGGUUAUAGGAAUAUCAGAAAGAGGAAUGAGGAUAGUCGGGAAUUAUAGGAAUAUGUGAUGUUUCUAACUCCAUAGGUAGCACAUUUUCUUGAAUAAGGGCUCAUGCUCCAAUGAGUGCUUCCUCCUUAAGUAAGCACUCCCCCUCCUCCCUUAAUUUCUCAAAUAAUAAGGACAAGGAAAAACCUGUUUUUAUUGCCUCUUUAAUUACAAUUUUUUAGCUUCAACUACUGCAGAAUUAGUACAGAAGAAUAGGUUAUUCUUCUAUUUACAUGUGCUUGCAGUGUUCCUUUGUGUACAUUAUCUGUUCUUUUCAUUUUUUUUCCUAAUGCUGUGCUGACUUAAGAAGCACCCAUUACAUUUAACAGAAAUUUGGAAUAAGCACCUGGCUGCUUAUUUGAGGGAAUGUGCUAUCUGUAAUUGAGCAAUUUCCCUGUCACAAUGUUAUUGUCUAGUGGUACUCAUGAAUUAGCAUAUUGGUUCAAGGAUGUGGAUGAGGCAUUGUAGAAUUAAUUUUAAUUUCAAUUAAUUCCAUUAAAGGGCUGAAGCCCACCAGUCUAUAGGCAUGUACUUGUUAUUAAAGCUAGGUUUUAAAAAGUGCAAAAAGUGUUUCAAAGCAAACAGCUCUAAUUUUUUAAGAGUUGAAAUUUUAGUUGAAAACAUUUUUUGACAUCUUAUUUUACUGGAGUCUUAUGUAAAUUCUAAAUUGUAAAGUGCAAACAACAAGCUAGUUUGCAAGACACAAUUUCAGAGUAAUAAAGUUUGCAUAAAUUUGUACAUUGUACUUUGUUGUAGAUAAUAAUUUUAUUUGGAAUCACCAAGAAUUCAAUGGCACCCUAGUUUUCUAGUAGUUUUCGUAUAAUACAAUUGAAUAACCUAC